AUGAGCGAAGAAAAGGCGAUUUUAGCGAGAUUUCGAGCCGUUAGAGGAGGCAAUCGAGCAGUUAUAACGAAGCUUAUCAACGAAACACGAACGAUUUUCGAGGACGAACAACCAAAUCGAGGGAGAUUAACAACUAUAACGGAUUUGCUAAACGAAAAAACGAGACUGGUUAAAGAUUUGGACGAAAAAAUUAUAAAUAGUUGCGAGGUUAGUGAUAUUGCAAACGAGAUCGAAGAAGCAGACGAACUGAAUUCGCGAAUUUUAGACGUACAACGAGAAAUAAAGGAAUUACUCAACGGUGUGGCUACGAAGUCACCGCAGAAAAAUACAAUCGAAGAUUCAAGCGAUAGUGGAAACGAAGUAUUAUCAGUACCAGAACAGAGUUCAGAACAAUCUACGAUUCCGGAAGUACAGAUAGAAGCAAGUGGAAGUACCAGUUUACGCCCAACCAAUGAUGCACCUCAGCCAGCGCCCACAGAGGUAGGUGCAAUAAAUCCAAACCUGAUUAAUAAUGUUAGCAUUGAUCAUCCCGUCACGCCAUUGCGUCAACAUCAAUCAAAAUUGCCAAAACUUGUUCUACCAAAGUUUAAAGGCGACAUUACGCAAUGGAGAACAUUUUGGGACAGUUUCAACAGUGCUGUGCAUACCAACCAAUUUCUCACUAAUAUAGACAAAUUCAAUCAUUUGAAUUCGUUACUAGAAGGUCAAGCUAAGCGUUCUAUACAAGGUUUGACUUUGUCUGAGCAAAAUUAUCAAGCAGCCAUUGACAUAUUGCAGCAAAGAUUUGGCAAUCAACAGCUUGUCAUCUCCACUCACAUGGACGAGCUCCUAAAAAUUCCGGCAUGUGCUGGUGAUAAGGCUUCCCAGUUGCGAUUUGUCUAUGAUCGAAUAAGUGUAAAUGUUCGAGGACUUGAAGCACUUGGUGUCAAGGCAAGUCAAUAUGGUAGUUUGUUAAUUCCGGUAUUAAUGUCAAAAUUACCCCAAGAUAUACGGCUUCAAAUCGCGAGAAAAACAUCCAAGGAGGUCUGGGAUAUCUCAGAAAUAUUGGACGUAAUCCGAAAUGAAGUGGAAGCCCGGGAAAUGAGCGAAGGUGUUAAGGUGAUUCAGAAUGAAAAACCAAGGUAUCAGUCCAGACCCCCAUCUGCAUCUGCCCUACUUGUGAAUAAUGGUUCCCACAAGGGAAAAAUUCGAUGUGUUUAUUGUAAUGGUGAUCAUUUCUCAGCAUCAUGUGAGAAGGUUCGAGAUAGACAUGCACGAACAGAAAUAUUGCGAAAGGAUCGAAGAUGUUAUGUUUGCCUAAUGUUUGGGCACAUAAGCGCUCAGUGUGAUCCAAAAAGAUCUUGUCGAAAAUGUCAGGGCAAACAUCAUCAAUCGAUUUGCUUGCAGUCAUGUCAACCCCCUGGUCAACACCCUGGCAGUCCACCCCCUGGCAGUCAACCCCCCGGUCAACACCCUGGCAGUCCACCCCCUGGCAGUCAACCCCCUGGCGGCCCUCUAAAUGCAGGUUCUAAACCAUUCAAUCCUGCAAACACACCUUCAACUGGGAACCAACAACCAUCAACAACUGCUACAGUUCAAUCACAAUCUGCCACAACAGCAAGUAAUCAAACGAAGGGCGGUGUCAUGCUUCAAACUGCAACAGCAUCUGCAAUCAGUUAUGAUGGAUCAACAUCUAUUCCUGUCAAAAUUCUAUUUGACAGUGGGAGUCAGCGGUCUUAUGUCAGUGACCAUCUCAAGUCCAAAUUGGGUCUCAAGUCGCAGAGAUCCGAAACUCUCCACCUUAACACGUUUGGCGAAAAAAGGUUUCGAAGACAGAAAUGUGAAUUACUACAACUGAAAUUAUGCGCAAGCAACGAUGAACAGGUGACGAUUGAGGCCCUCAAUUUCCCAGUAAUUUGUUCCCCAGUAUCUGCAACCAUUAACCUCGACAAUCACCCUCACUUGAAUGGAAUACAACUGGCUGAUAAAUCUAAUGUAAGCGAUCCCAUAGACGUUCUAAUCGGUUCUGACUACUAUUGGGACAUUGUUGGAGGUGAAAUGAUUCGAGGACAGUCGGGUCCUGUAGCAAUUAGUAGCAAAUUUGGAUGGCUUUUAUCUGGGCCAACUACCAAGGAGAAAGGAGAAUUGAAGACCACAACAAAUCUGAUUAUUUCUGGAAGUUCCAAAGGUCCGUUCGAGACAGCCGAAGAUCCAAUCGUGAACACGUUAAGGAAAUUUUGGGAAACCGAAUCCAUUGGGAUUAAGAGUAGUGAAAGGUGUUGCGAAUCAGCAUUUAACGAGAGUGUUCGAUUUAACGGCGAAAGGUAUGAAAUUGAUCUACCAUGGAAAGAUGAGAUGCCUCGACUUCCCAGUGAUUUUGAUUUGUGUGUCAAGCGGUUAAGGUCACUGCAGCGAAGGUUAGUCAGCCAGCCAGACUUGCUAACCGAGUAUGAUGGAAUUAUCCGUGAGCAGUUACAAAAUGGUAUCAUCGAGCAAAUUACCGAGAGUGAGAAAUUCGAUUCGGACAGUAACAGAAUUCAUUACCUACCACAUCACGCUGUUGUUCGGUCAGAUCACGACACAACUAAGUUACGUGUUGUAUACGAUGGCUCCGCAAAGACUAUUGAUAGGCCGUAUUCUAUGAACGAUUGCUUGGAAGUUGGACCAAAUUUCACGCCGCAGCUAAUCGAUAUUCUUAUGAAGUUCAGAUGGCAUAAGAUUGGUUUGACCGCGGACAUAGAGAAGGCGUUUUUAAUGGUCGCUGUAAAUGAAUCCGAUCGAGAUAUGUUACGCUUCUUAUGGUUGAAGGACCCUGCAGACUUGAACUCAGAGAUAUUACAGUUGAGAUUCACGAGAUUAGUAUUUGGAUUACGACCGUCUCCAGCAAUCUUAGGAUCAACUAUACGCCAUCAUCUUGAUACGCAGAAAGACGUAAAUCCUGAACUGAUCGAAAUCCUAAAGAAUUCGUUCUACGUAGAUGAUUUUAUUUCAGGUGCCGAUGACGAAAAGGAAGUGCUUGACCUGACGAACAGUGCCAAAACAGUUAUGAAACGGGGCGCCUUUAACCUUCGAAAGUGGAAUACGAAUUCCUCCAGUGUUCAAGAAAAGUUACCGGAAACGGACAUCCAUACGAAGACUGCUCCAAAACAUUCGAGUGUCAAUGUUGUCGAAGAUGAUCAAUCUUAUUCAGAAUCAGUAACGUGUAAAUCUAUCGGUGUUACCAAUGGCAGCGUUAAGGUAUUGGGUACUAUUUGGAAUAAAUCGUCUGACGAGCUAGAGUUCAAAUUUACCGACCUUGCUGAGGAAGCGAAAGCCCUACCCGCUACGAAAAGAUCGUUAUUGAAAGUAAUUGGCAAGAUAUUCGACCCUCUUGGAUUUCUAAGUCCGUUUAUUAUACGUUGGAAGGUGCUGUUCCAAAUCCUUUGCAUUGAAAAUGUCAAUUGGGAUUCUGAGUUAAUCGGCGAACAUUUAAAUUUAUGGAACACUUUAAUCUCCGAGCUAGAGCGUUUGAACAAUGUUCAUGUACCGCGAUGUUACUUUCAAGAUAACGGUCUAUCGAAGACAAUACAACUGCAUUGCUUCAGUGAUGCAUCUAAGGCAGCGUAUGCUGCUGCUGUUUAUAUUCGAUCCAGUUACUCUGAUGGUCAUAUCGAUGUGAAUUUAGUGACGGCAAAAACGAGAGUCGCUCCGUUGCAGAAGCAAAGCAUCCCAAGACUCGAGUUACUCGGUGCAAACAUUCUCGUACGACUCGCUGCGAAUGUAAAGAACGCCUUGAACUUGUCACAAGAUGUGAUGAUAAUUUAUUGGAUCGAUUCAAUGACGGUUUUGUAUUGGAUAAAAAAUAACAAGCCAUGGAAGCAGUACGUGAUGAGCCGAGUAAACGAAAUUCGUGAGUUGACCAACCAAGAGUUGUGGCGACAUUGUCCGGGUAAGCAAAACGCUGCUGAUCUUCCAUCUCGUGGACUAAACGCAUCGGAACUAACAAACGAAAUCCGAUGGUGGAAGGGCCCUGAAUUUCUUUACAAGCCCGAAGCUGAUUGGCCGCAAACGGCAGAAAGCAAGGAAACAGAGUUUACUAAAGACGAAGUUGUGAAGAAUCCUGUUAAACAGACCCAUGCACUAGCAUCUUCUGCACCCCCGAACAAUUGAGAAAGACGAUGUGUCCAACGUUAAUUUCGAAGCGAUUAUAGACUGUAACCGUUACAGCUCUAAAACGAAACUAUUACGAGUAACAGCAUUAGUUCUGAAAUUCGUGAAACACCUGAAACUCGAAGAGAGAGCUCGUACGACGGAGCCAGUGAAAAUCAACGCAAAGGAGUUGUUAGAAGCAGAAAUGUUAUGGUUAAAGAGCAUACAAUCGGCUGCGUUUGAAACGGAGUUUAAGCUCUUGAAAUCGAAGAAAGAGAAAAAUCAGCUUAUAAAUCAACUCAACUUAUUUCUUGAUGAACGUGAGUUGAUCAGAUGCCAAGGACGACUCGAUAACUCAGAUUUACCUACCGAAGUCAAGACACCCAUUCUAUUACCGUGUAGACAUCGCUAUACGGAGUUUUGUAUUCAAGAGGCUCACAAAAACGUACACCAUAACGGGAUAAGAGAAACGCUUAAUCGUGUUAGGGAGAAGUAUUGGGUCCUCCGGGGAAGAGAAGGUGUAAAAAGAAUUGUCAAACGAUGUGUUGUAUGCAAGAAGAUGGAGGGAAAAUCAUUUUCUACACCACCAGCUCCAGCACUCCCCCAGAGUCGUGUAAGUGACGAUCCACCGUUCGCGAAUACCGGACUGGACUUUGCGGGUCCCUUGUUAACAUCUGAAGACGGUAAAACAGAGAAAACAUAUAUAUGCUUGUUUACGUGUGCGUCAACUCGUGCGGUUCAUUUGGAGUUGCUCAAGAGUAUGUCUGCCGAGUUAUUCCUGCAGGCAUUUCGUCGUUUUACAAGUAUUGUAUUGUAUUGUAUUAAAACUUUAUUUAAAGACACUAGCCCCGUCAACGGUGCGUUGGUUUCCACGGGGGGCGUCUACAAUGUUAAAAAUUACAAAAGAUAUAAGGGAAAAGAAGACUAUUUACAAAUUGGUGUGACCCCAGAUGUUAUGGAAAGACGGAGUUACAAUUUAUUUCAAAUAUAUAUAGUGUUAGAGUUAAGUUUUAAAUGGCUUUUGAACAGGUGCAUUGAUUCUGCCAGUUUCGUAUCGAUAGAGAGACUAUUCCAUAGCUUAGCCCCACUGUAUUUAAAACUCUUUUUUAGGAAUUCUCUUUUAGGCUUAGGAAGAGCCAAAUCUGUAUGACUAUUUCUAAGAUCAUAAUUUGUUUGCAUAUGAUUGCGUCUUAUCAAGGAUUCUUUCAACGUAGGUCCUACGUAAUCCUUCAAGACUUUAAACAUUAAUAUUGCUUUGGUUGUACGUCGUCUUGUCUCUAAAUUGUCCCAAGCAAGAGAUUGAAGAACAUCAGCAGAUCUAAUCUCAUAACUUGCACCGACAAUGAUUCGGGCUGCGCGAUUUUAAAAUUUUUGGAGUUUAUUUUUCAAAUUUUGAUCACAGACGCCCCAAAUGGGAGAACAAUAAUCAAAAUACGGCUGAAUCAGAGCUCGAUAAAUUGUUUGAAGGGUGGUUAUUGGAACAAAGGGUUUAAUACGUCUCAAAGUACCCAGGCCUGCUCCAACCUUUUUGCAAGUCGCCUGAAUAUGUGAAUUCCAGUUAAGAUUUUCAUCUAAAUCGAGACCAAGACAUGUGAAAGAGUGAACUCUGGGGAUGCGUUGGUUAUUUAACAUCACUGGAUGAUCAAAAGUUGUGGAAUUAAUAUGAUGUUUAGAGCCAAUGAACAUUAUUAGUUGCUGGGGCACCUGUGCCAGCAACUAUAGGUUUCGGGUGAAAUUGGUCUCCUUCUCCUUCUUCUUCUCCAUGGAUAGUCGCAAAAUGGAAAUUCCCACUGAUCUAUAUACGAAGCAAUACGUGCAUACAUUUUCGCUAUUUUAACGGUCUUAAAGUCUUCGUAAGUGUAUAAAGUGAACGUCAAAUUGUUCUUUCAAUCACGCUUUUUCUUCUGGGGGCUUUUUGAAAGAAAUCCAUCAAGAAUAUACAGAAUUUUGUCGACGUUUCACUAUCGAGGAGUGGAGUAGAUUCCGAGGUGGAUUAACUGACAAUAACUGUGUUAUUUAUUCGUCGAACCGUUAUUUCUGAACGUUUAUAUUUUUGUUUUGUGAAGUUUUACAUCUAUAUACGCUUUAAUAUGGCUUAUAGUCUUGGUUGCUCCAAUAGUCUGCAUAAAAAUCGUAUUUGUUUACAUGUAUUGGAACUGUCAUAUUUGCAUGCUAGCUCUAUUUUCAAGAAGGCUCAAAUGUUGGCUGUUUUGAAGUGACACACGAGGUACGUGACACACAAUCUUGGAUUGGUAUUUCUUAGAUAGAUGUUUUUAAUUGAUAAACCUUGCAGCCAUUGGCUGUAUUAUGUUAACAUUACAUAAGGUCCAAUUAUUAUUCUGGUUAUAGGAUCUAACCAUUUGAUGAUAUUUAUGUGGCUCUAACAUGUAAUAGCUUCAAUAUUUUGGAGUGUAUUAUUUGAUGUUAAGCCCUUUAGUUAAAAAUCACCAAUUGAAGAAUUGCUAGAACCAAAAGUGAAUACUGGAACUAUCCAUAUUUACCAUGUUGCACCCUCAAUGCCUGGUUACCCCACGUCUUGUCAUUCCCCCCCCCCUCUUUGAGGGCCCUCUUUGUUAGCGAUUCAGUUCUACACCACUGACUGCUAAUAUAAAGUUAUGUAAAAUUUUAAUGCCAAUAGCUCAGGGAGUGCAGUGCUGUGGGAAGCUCUUUUUGAUUGGGGAACUGAAAGCAAUGGCCAAAGGCCCAAGGAAAAUUUUAAAUUUAGAGUCUCUGAAAUGCCAUUUCCUGAACUUUGGGAAGAUUUGACAGAAUUCCGAUGGUCAGAAAACAGCAUUUUAGUAUGUCGAAAUUUACAAUUUCAAACAGCCCCCCCCCCCCUGGUUGCUACGGCCCUGAGGUGAAAUAUAACCACUGUCUAUCGCAUGCAUCAGUUAGGUGCAAAAAGCUAAAUUCCGCACCAAUAAUCCAAUAUAUGCGAUUGUCCAUAUCAUAUAACCCUUUAAGUGGCAAUGUACCCUCAUGUAACCUACUUUAUUAUUUUACUGUGUCUAAUGCCAAGGAUUUUACUCAUCAGGGAGAGAGUGCUGUCAAUCAAUGGGUUAAUUCACAAACGACUCCUUAGUCCUUAACUGUCUGAUAAACAAUUUUUGUGUUUUAAAAUUUGUUAUAAACAAGUUAAAAUAAAAAUACACAAAUCUGUAUUUAUCCUCAAAUAUGAAUAAGGGGUUGUUAUAGCCCAAGGCCCAAAUAUGUACACUUGUGCCACAGUGCCAGCACAAAAUGGGCUAUUUCAGCUUUCAAUUCUGCUGGAAUGAGGUGAUAAAUUUUUAGCUUUGGAAUUCCUCAGGGAUAAGCAAAUUUCUGUGUGGAAUUUUUUGGGGGUAAUCUGGUAAUGGCUAUUUUGAAUGAGAUUUUCUCAGAGGUCAAAUGUAAAAAUUGAAAUUCUUCCAGGGUCUCUCUUCAUGGGUAUUAACAGGAAUUCUUCAGUGGAUCUCUUUUAUGACCUGUAGGAAUUCUUCAGUUCAGCGAUAUGAUGAACUCUUGUGCAACGGACCUGAUUGUGAGAUUCCACUUCAUUGAAAGGACGACCUUAGGGACGGACCAUUAGAAAACCGAUGGGGGGGGGGGAACCCAAAAAAAUUUAUUCCCAGGAAAAAAUUAGGGGAAAAAAUCUUCCCAGGCAUAGUGCAAAAAAAAUUCCUUUCUUGGAAGAUAGGCCUAUAAAUUUUAAUAAAAAAAUAUAUUUCCAGCCAUCAAGUGAGAAAAAAAAUUUCUAUAGGUGUACAAAAAAAAAUAUUGCCUCUUAGAAAAUCCCCCCUCCCCCAUCACUUUUCUAAUGGUCCGUCCCUUAGUUAAUUAAAUUUGCUGUAUACAUUAUGUCGCAACGUGUCACUAUUUAAUAAACUUAUGUACAAUUACAAAUCAAGCCCACAAAUCGUUGGAUAUACUCUUACCGCUCGUUGCAAAUCACGCAGGCGCCUAUUUAAAAAGCCCCAGCAACUUAACGCUCGAGAGAGCGUCUUGUUUUGGUCUUAGUUGGGUGGUGUUGUAAUUUAUUUCUAGAAAGCCAAUCACCGAUUCUACUCAGAUCGUGAUUAAGGUUUUCGGUUAAUUCAAUCAAACUGUUAGAGCUGCAGCAAAUUUGGGUAUCGUCAGCAUAAGGGUAUCGUCAGCACAAGUCGAAGGGGGUUGCCUAGAAAACUUAUGUCUGAUAAUGCAAAGACCUUCAAGGCCGCUGCUAAAGAAAUACGAACCAUUUCUCGUGCUACGAAUGUUCAACGCUACUUAACAGACAAUGGUGUCACAUGGGCGUUUAUAACGGAGAAGGCGCCGUGGCACGGCGGAUUUUGGGAGCGAUUGGUUAGGAGCGUAAAGAGAUGUUUGAAAAAAUCACUUGGGCGUACUUCCCUUACAUUUGAGGAACUUCGAACAGUUAUAGUCGAGAUUGAAAGCACUCUAAACAGCAGGCCGUUGACUUAUAUAUAUGAUGAGCAGGAGGGUGUUUCUUAUCCCCUCACCCCUUCGUGUCUGAUAUAUGGACGGAGAAUUACAACAACGCCAAGUGACAGUCAUUUCGAGAUUGCAUGUACGAAUAAAACAUUGACCAAACGCGCGAAGUAUCAGAAUCGCAUUUUGAAGAAUUUUACGGAUCAAUGGAAGAAAGAGUACCUAGUUAGCAUUCGCGAAGCUUCACGUUCAGAAACUAACAGAAAGGAGUCUAUAGAAGUCGGUGACGUUGUUAUUCUCAAGGAUGGAAACCAACCACGAACCUUUUGGAGGUUAGCUAAGAUUGAAACAUUAAUUCCGAGUAAGGACAAAAUAGUUCGUUCAGUGAUGGUGAAGGUUUUGGGCAACGAUAAGAAGAAACCAAUUCUAUUGCGAAGACCGAUUCAACACCUCAUGCCUUUGGAAGUUCGAAGCAAGUUGGACUAA